AGAAGGAGCGCCCGACGCACAGUCGCUGUGUGCGUCGAGAGAGACGGCGCGAGAGAGGGACCGGCGACCGGCGACCGGAGACCGGAGACCGGAGACCGGAGACCGACGAUUACUAUCACCUGGCGGCCGGCUACCGCAUUACCCGCCGCCGCUGACAGGCGACCGCGCGCCACCACGCGCUCCGAGCACGGACACCCGACCACCGGCAUAUAACAUGACUUGAUCGACCGAACCGACCAACUGACUCUACUGAUUCUGUGAUGUGAGUGAGUUUAAUGUGAGACUCUACAACGGACUAAGUGAAUAUGACGUCCCAGUUCGCCUUCCGCGGAUCGCCGCCCAAUCAGAGCACCAUAUCGACAGCCUCUAACAGUCCACCGCCGGCGCAGGCGGGAAUGAGCGGAGGCUCAGGUGCGAGCGGGGCUGCACGCUCAGGCUCUCCCGCAGCCGCGCGAUGCUGCGACACCGGCCGUCCCAUAUUCCAGGAUCCAAUCACAGGACAAACUGUUUGCUCCUGUCAAUACGAGUUUCUAAACUACCAGAGGCUAGCAUCGGGAGUACCCCUGUCCAUGUACAGCGCUCCAUACCCCGACGCAGCCGCGGCAGCCGGCAUGGCGGCUUAUUUCCCCGCGCUCGCAGCCGACCAGCCGCCGUUCUAUACAAAUACAGCUGCUGGCAUCGAGUUAAAGGAGAAUUUGGCCGCCAGCGCUGCCACCUGGCCUUACCCUACCGUCUACCACCCCUAUGACGCUGCUUUCGCCGGUUAUCCCUUCAAUGGAUACGGCAUGGAUUUGAACGGUGCUAGAAGAAAAAAUGCCACUCGAGAAACUACAAGUACUCUUAAAGCAUGGCUUAACGAACACAAGAAAAAUCCAUAUCCAACAAAAGGAGAAAAGAUAAUGCUGGCGAUAAUUACAAAAAUGACGCUAACACAAGUGUCCACGUGGUUUGCAAAUGCUCGACGUCGCCUCAAGAAGGAGAACAAAAUGACUUGGGAGCCGAGAAACAGAGUUGACGACGAUGACAAUAAUAACGAUGACGACGAUCACAAAAGUAAUGAUGGAAAAGACGCUCUAGAUGGAAAAGAUUCUGGAACUGGUUCCAGUGAAGAUGGAGACAGACCGCAACAAAGGUUAGACCUCCUCGGUCCGCGAACGGAAUCUGAAUGGUCAGAAUCAAGAGCUGACAGUGGACCAGAAUCACCUGAGCCUUACGAGAGGCCAUUACACCCUGCAUAUCAGCAUCUUCCAUCACGUGCCCCACCUGGUAGUACACCUGCCUCUGCUAAGCCUAGAAUAUGGUCUCUAGCAGACAUGGCAAGCAAAGACGGUGAGGCGCCGGCAGCACCAGCAGCUGCCGCUUCCGCUUUCUAUCAGACAGCAGCAGCAGCUGCUGCUGCCCGUCUCGCCCAUCCUUAUGGCCGCCCAGACUUAUACAGGGGACUAUACCCACCUGCACAUGCUGCUGAUGUUGCUCUGCUAGAGUAUUCACGUUCCUUGGCUCUCGCUGCUCCGGCUCCCGCGCCCCCAGCACCCUCCCCCUCUUCGUCCUCCACAUCAUCCCUUGCUGAACCACCGCCUUCCUCUCGCGCCUGACCGUCUGCCAUAAGCUCGCCGUUGGCGCACCGACAAUAAUCGCGAUCUCGGCCCCGCCACUAGGGCAGUAACGGCUAAUCACCUGUAAAUAGCAUAAAAUAUAUGUAUACAUACUUAUACGUGAUAAUAAAUAAUUUAUGCACCGGUAGAGAAGCUUAGGUUUGUGAUAGUGGACACCGUGAGGUAGACUCGAAAUACGUCGACGCACGCGCCGACCGACCGACAAUACUAGGUGCUAACAAGGACCUUACGGCGAUUGAUCUAGUUGUUACUGGAAGUGGUUAAACGAAGUGAUUUUAAUAAAAAUAGGUAUUAAUAUGUGUUAUCUUUCCCAUAUGGUAAACGACACUGUUUUAGAUUAUUUGACAUGUAGAAUGUAAAUUAUUAUUUUUUCAAAAUGUUCUCUUUAUAUUUAGUAUCUAAUUACGUCCAGGUUAUCUCUAUUGUUUGAUAGUUUCAUAAAAUAUCUAACAAUUCGAAUUUUAAUAUUUAUUAAUACGAGGUCAGUAGUUAUAACACGAUUUUUUUAAUAUACUAUUAAUCUAAGUAAUAAUGAUACCAGAUUAAAAUAUCUGUAUGGAUUCUUUUCUAGUCACAAGACUAUGAUCGUCUAUGAUAAACAUUUUAAUGAAAUGUCAUUAUAGAAAAACAUCACAAUAUAAUUUAAGUAAACAUAUAGACACGGAAUCAGUUCGAGCCGGCUUGAAUCUCCUUUUACCUUCCUCUGGGUCAGUGCAAAAGCAUUUCAGAUUCUUGGUCAAUAUUCACUAUAAUCUGUUAUAUAAGAAAGACAAGUAAAUUAAAUAAGUUUAUUUAAUCAAGUGUAUAAGGACAGUGACAAAUAGUUAUUAGAUAAUAAUAUAAUUGAACACUGGAAACCGCAGAUGUAAAGCGUAAGCACGAUAUGUAAAAAAUAUGAAAUUAAAAACACUAUCCGAUAAAAUAAUUAAAUGGACACUCAACUUUUAAUGUCUUAUAUUUAUUAUAAUCUUUCGCAUAUUUGUCCCGUUAUAUCGAAAUGGCCUUGUAUAUGUGUAACAAAGUAAGGUAUAGGUAUCCCGUAUGUUUCCCAGUGUAUAAAUUUUUUUUUUCAAUAUUUUAGAGACUGAAAGUCCAAAAUUGAGUCUAUAGUUUUGUACAUACAUACGUCAUUGUUGUAAUUAUAUAAUGUAAUGAUAACUACAUAUUUAAGAAUGGUAAACGCAAUGACUUUUCUGUAUUAGAGAUCCUUUUAAUGUAUAUAAAACGGUGGAAGACGAUUUUGUAAACUAAGUAUGUGACAUGCUUAUUUAGUACGUGCUGUAUGGUACGCAGAACUUGGUACGGAACACUUGAAUAACUAUUUCAUUUCAUGUAAUAUAACAAAAUGUAAUAAAAAAGAUAAUAACGUAUAUAUAAAAGUGCGUUAUUUUGUUCUGAAUGUAACGAUAGUUCUGCGUGUUAGAAUGUUGGAUAAACAGCAUGUUAUGUUUUUAUUUGAAUGUUAAAUUUAAUGUAAAUCCAAGCAUUUCGCAAAUUAAGUUAUUUAGUAAAGCUAUUGUUUGUAAUUGUAUUUUGUUAGCUUCAACGUCUUUAACCGUUCUCCUGAAAGGUGUGUGAAUAGAUGCAAUAAA